AUGGUAUGCACAGGUCAAGAACCACAAACAGUAAGUAGCGGUCUUGUUGAAAUCGCUAAGUGCGAUGAUCACAGAGAUGAUAAAUCACAGAGAGUAAUCAAUAAGACAACUCGAAAUGAUGGAGCUGUCCUUCCCUUUUUUCCCAUCCCUUUGCUCUAUAAGCAAGGAACAAUCGCGUUAAGUGACACUGCAGUGCUGAAAGCAUGCAGUAUCCUGCAUCAGGGACAGGGACGACAUGCAGGUACCGAUAAAGAGCGAGGCGUUGUUGUCAGUGGCGUUAAUGAGACCUACAGGCAACGGAUAGUGUGUCGAAGGCGCGGCGGUUGUUGA